ACAUGGGAGUAAAAUUUGGUGCUUUUCCCUCCAAUUCUCCAUAGAAUUCCCCCCCAAAAUAAAAAUAAAAAUAAAAAGAAAAAGAAGUCAACAAAGAAGUAGUAGGAAGAAAGCCGAGUGGAAGGGGCGGAAUAAAUACACAGAUCCCUCCAAAAACCCCCUUAACCCUCGUCACUCUUUUUGCCUCUUUCAGUUCCUCUGCCCAGAAAAUAAAAAUCCGCCCCCAAUUUCUUUACCUCUUUCCCGCUAAAAAAAUCCCCCAUAGAUUUUAUCGUUUUGAGUCCCCAGGAAGAGAAUUCACUGGAAACCCACUACCGUUUUUAUUAUAUAUAUAUAUAAGUUGUUUUUAAUUCUCAGGGCAAAAAGGAAUGGGAAAAGACGAGGACGAGAUGAGGGGUGAAAUUGAAGAGCGGCUAAUCAACGAGGAGUACAAAAUCUGGAAGAAGAACACUCCCUUCCUCUACGAUUUGGUCAUAACCCAUGCCCUUGAAUGGCCGUCUCUCACCGUCGAGUGGCUUCCCGACCGGGAGGAGCCGCCGGGGAAAGAUUACUCCGUUCAGAAAAUGAUUUUGGGGACCCACACCUCUGAGAACGAGCCCAAUUACCUCAUGCUUGCCCAGGUCCAGCUCCCUCUUGAGGAUGCUGAAAACGACGCCCGUCAUUACGACGACGAUCGCUCUGAGUUUGGUGGCUUCGGCUGCGCCAAUGGCAAGGUUCAAAUCAUCCAGCAAAUAAAUCAUGACGGAGAAGUUAACCGAGCUCGUUAUAUGCCCCAAAAUUCCUUUGUUAUUGCUACAAAGACAGUCAGUGCAGAGGUUUUUGUCUUUGAUUACAGCAAGCAUCCAUCAAAACCUCCUCUGGAUGGAGCAUGCAAUCCUGAUUUGAGGCUGAGGGGACAUAGCACUGAAGGAUAUGGUUUAUCGUGGAGUCAAUUCAAGGAGGGUCAUUUAUUGAGUGGUUCUGAUGAUGCCCAAAUAUGCUUGUGGGACAUAAAUGCAACUCCAAAAAAUAAGGCUCUGGAUGCAAUGCAGAUAUUUAAGAUUCAUGAAGGUGUUGUUGAAGAUGUGGCAUGGCAUCUGAGGCACGAACAUUUAUUUGGCUCCGUUGGAGAUGAUCAAUAUCUGCAUAUAUGGGAUCUCCGGUCUUCUCCUGCUGGCAAGCCUAUGCAGUCCGUUGUUGCUCACCAAAGUGAGGUUAACUGUUUAGCAUUCAAUCCUUUCAAUGAGUGGGUGAUAGCAACUGGAUCUACUGAUAAGACGGUCAAGCUAUUUGAUUUGCGUAAACUUACAGCACCUCUUCAUACCUUUGAUUGUCACAAGGAAGAGGUUUUCCAAGUGGGUUGGAACCCAAAGAAUGAAACUAUCUUAGCUUCCUGUUGUCUUGGUCGGAGAUUGAUGGUCUGGGAUCUCAGCAGGAUUGAUGAGGAACAGACACCAGAGGAUGCGGAAGACGGGCCUCCAGAGUUACUUUUCAUUCAUGGCGGACACACGAGUAAAGUUUCAGAUUUCUCAUGGAAUCCAUGUGAGGAUUGGGUUGUGGCCAGUGUAGCUGAGGAUAACAUACUACAAAUAUGGCAGAUGGCCGAGAACAUCUACCAUGAUGAUGAUGAUUUACCUGCAGAUGACACAACAAAGGUCUCCUAGACUAGGCAUACCAUUUAAAUCGAGCCUCCCCCAUGUAUGACUGCUUAACAUGUAUAAACUUCUAGUGGUCUCUUUGAGUUUCAUUUCAGUUUUUUCUCUUUUCGUAAGCCCGGUGUAUACUUGUGUAACCGCACUGAAUUUGCUGGUUCAGAGUUAACCCCUAUUUAGUUGUUAUUGGUGUUUAACCUUUUGCUUAAGUGGGUUGGCUGCGAAAAUGUUGCUCAUAGCUUCAUAUUUAGGAUAGCCAGAAGUGACAAAUUUGAGUGAUUUGGAACCGGGAGCUUAUGAGUUAUGAUGAAGAUUACAUGAUUAUCUAUAUGGCAGCUUGAUUCAGAAUUUCAUAGCAUAAGUUUGUAGGUACUCUGCAGCAUAUAAGAUGAUUCCUGAUUGCAUCUUUAGUAGGCAGAUUGUGCACUCUGCAGCAUAUAAGAUGAUUUAUGAUUGCAUCUCUUGUAGGCAGAUUCUGGAUUGAAUACUAAAACUGGAAUUGCUGGUGUGUUUUAUUAUAAUAAUAGAAUAGCAGGUCAUUUUUGUGCUAGAUCUUUCCAAGUUUCGAUUGGCACAGAUCAAUCCAAGAUGACUCUGGAGAGGUCUUAAGCUCCUAAGUCCUAACAUUUGUGCAUUUUGUAAAAAGCUCUUAGUUCACCAAGUAAUUUUUUCCCCAGUCAAUCGAAUUAGGAUGACCUCUUAUUAUUACAAGAUGAUAGUAC